ACCGAGCAAAUAGCCCUCUAAAAUGUCUGAGAGAAAUGGAUCGAAAAAUCAGCCCGCCGCCCCUGAAGCGCAGGAAACUUGCACCCCCUGACUGCGUCGAAGAUGCAAAACCGGAGGGAAACCCGCCUCCACAACCACUUGACGCACCAAAGACGGUGCGCCUGUUCUCGUGGAACGUCAACGGCAUAGGGCCCUUCGUCCCCCCUCCUUCGUCAGGCCGCAUCACAACCUUCUUCAAACCAUCAAGUGGCGCCGAGGCCGUCCCGCAGAGGAGCAGCCACUCCCUCCGGGCCUUCCUAUCGCGGCACAACUGGCCCGAAGUCCUCUUCCUGCAAGAGCUCAAGGUCGACCCAGCCAACCCCACCGCGCUAGCCCGCCUCCUCUCAGCAGUCAACACCCCAUGCCUCGGCCCAGGCGACAGAUCGACGCCCGACAGGACCUACACCCUAGACGCGUCCCUGCCGCGGGACAGACACAACGCGGGCGCCUUCCAGGGCAGGCUCUACGGCGUCGGCACCGUCCUGCGCGCCGACUUCGCGCGGGCCCACGUCGCCCGCGUGCGCGCCGUCGACUGGGACCUAGAGGGGCGCGUCAGCAUCGUCGAGACCCGCUCGCCAGCCCCACCACCACCAGCAGCGGGCGAAACCCGACCCCAGGCAACCAAGGCAGACACAGAGGGUUCCAGCUCCUCCUCCCGCCUCGCCCUAAUCAACGUCUACGCCGUCAACGGCACCUCGGCGCCGUACCGCGACCCGGCCACGGGCGCGCCUGCGGCGGGCGGCAGGACGCGCCACGACCACAAGGUCGCGUUCCACGCGCGCCUCCGCGACGAGUGCCUCGGUCUCGAGCGCCGCGGGUUCGGCGUCGUCGUGGCGGGGGACCUCAACGUCGCGCGCGGGCCGCUGGAUGGCUACCCGCGGCUGCGGACGUGGCCGGCCAGGCAUGCGGUUAAUAGGGCUGAUUUUAAUGUUCGGUUCUUUGGGGAGGGGGAUAAUGUGCGGGCUGGGGCGUAUGUUGGGGCGGAGGGGGAGGGGAGGGGGCCGUGUCUGGAUGGGGUUGAUGCUUUUAGGGCGGUGCAUGGGUUGGAGAGGAGGUACACGUAUUAUCCGCGGACGAGGGAGUGGGGGAGUAGUUGCGAUAGGGUCGACUUGGUUAUCGUGUCCAAGGCGCUGUGGGAGAGCGGGCGGGUUUUGGGCACGGGGAUUUUGGAUUCGCCUGCGGAGCGUGGGCCCAGUGACCAUGUGCCUCUCUGGGUUGAGGUCGCGUUGGGAGAUCUUGGGCCGAGCGAGAUACGCAAGCCUAAGAAGGAUGGAGUGGAUUAACAAAAUAUUUCCGGUGAUAUUAUCUAUCGUAGGCAAACUAGAGUUUCUAUAUUUCCUAGUCUUUUUCUCUCUGUGUAUGUAGCUCGAAGAAUCCUUGCUAAUCCGCUCCUCCGUUGGCACUGUUCUGGCUGACCCGAAUCGUCACUACCUUCUGCUGCAUGCACAUCCAAAUUCCGUACCAAUUAGAAGGGUUAUCC